UCAGCCAUGGCAGCAGAACAACAAGAACCAGAAGCUCUCCUUCACACUAAGCUUCAACCAACAACUCCUUCUUCCUCCUCCUCCUCCUCCUCAAGCACCACAGAAGCCAUUAAUAGACACCAUGAAGCUCAAGAAGCUCACAAAGAAGAGAAGCUGAGGAAGAAGAAGACGACGACCAGUAAGAACGAAACGGACAUGGACGGGAAGCACCCAACUUACAGAGGCGUACGUAUGCGUCAGUGGGGGAAAUGGGUUUCAGAAAUCAGAGAACCCAGAAAGAAAUCCAGAAUAUGGCUUGGCACUUUUCCUACUGCAGAAAUGGCGGCUCGAGCUCACGACGUCGCUGCUCUCAACAUUAAAGGAAGCUCUGCUUUCCUCAACUUCCCGGAGCUAGCCACCGUGCUUCCUCGUCCGGCCAGUAACUCCCCAAAGGACGUCCAAGCCGCCGCCGCCAAAGCAGCCGCCAUCAAUUACCACAUAAACCCUCAAGCAGCCGAGGCCGAGUCAGACGUCAUGCAAGCCGACGCUCCGCCACUGUCAAGUUCGUCGUUAACGGACGACGAUGACACUUUCUUCAACCUUCCCGAUAUCUUAAAUCACGGUGGCGCCGACGAGUUUCAAUACUCCUCGCUGUGGCUCCUAGCCGGCGCCGAUUACAGAGACCCAGGUUUCCGGCUCGAGGAGCCAUUUCUAUGGGACUCCUAGUUUAAUUUGUGUAUAAAAUGUGAAUAAAGUAAGAUACGAAUAAAAUUGUAUUUUCUCUUACUACUUUAUUUUCAAACAUCUUGUCUAUUAA